AGCGCAAGAGCCGCGCUGGCUGCUUGGGAGCGAGGGCUCAGCCGGCUGCUGGCUUUGUGUCAGUGUUGUUCUCCGCACCGUUGUGCAGACCAGACUGCGGCGAGUGUCCUCGAGUGCGCGAGACCGGCGUGUGCCCAGCAUCCCAUCCGUUUCUCUUUCGCUCCACACACUCGGCCGGUGCCAAUUAAUUAUUUCCGAUCGCCGUUUGUGCGCAUCGUCGGGCGAAUGUGCGGCGUGACGAAAAUCGGCCCUCGUCAACACGAGUGAGAUUGAUUCGGCAGAUGUUCGUUGGGGCGCAGUUUCUGGAAGAUAAGGUGACUAAAUGAUGCACAACAAACGAGUCACCGUUGACGUGGAGGGUUACUCGAGCGAGGAUAUGCCGCACCACCACCAUCACCACAUGCACCACGAAAAUCACCACCAACACCACUGCUCUCCACCUAUUUCCCCGUCAUUGUCGCCUUCCCCACCGCCACCACCAACACGAUGGGCCACCCUUAUGCAAGCGAGGAAAAAUAGACAGGAGCGCAUCCGAGAGGCAAACUCGGCCCUGUCGUUCUCCGAGUCGGGCGACUCUUGUCCUCACUGCCGGUGCGGCAGGUACUCGAAAUUGAACCGGCACAACAGCACCCACAGCAACCACAGCGCCAGCACCACCCUCAACAGCUACAGCACCUCGCACCGGGAUUCGAGAGCUCAUGAGCGCUACUGCGACGAGGACGACGAUUUCGGGGGCGGAGGAAGUGGAGGCAACGGCGGCUUCUGGGGCGGAGGCGCUUUUGCUGACGCUUGCGGUGGAACGGACGACUCCAUUCAGGUCCUAAACGAGCGCGAUAUGAACUCGUUACACAAAACGGUGCCCGCAUUAAGGAGGCAUGACGUGAAUACAGCUACCAUAAGACAACACUACUACCCUGAGGGUGGCUGGGGGUGGAUUGUGUGCGCGUGUGGUUUCCUCGUGCACGUCUUCACCACCGGCUUGCAGUUUUCGUACGGCGUGCUGUACCUCGAGGCCGUCAAGAUCCACGGCCGGGAAGCAGUCAUGGAUGCAGCGUGGAUUGGCGUGCUUUGUUUUGCUGUGUCACUAGCGACGGCGCCUCUAAUUGUUGCUUUCUGCCGGCGCAAAUCGACUCGACUGACGGCCGUGUUCGGCGGUCUGGUGAUGGCCCUGGCCAUGCUUUUUACCUCCUUUGCUCAGCAAAUCCAUCAAGUCUUCCUAAGUUACGGGAUAGUUUUUGGCGUUGGAAUUGGCAUGGUGCGUGAAUCGUCGGGACUCAUGCUGGGCCAGUACUUCAAGCGCAGAAGAGAAUUCGUGGAAAUUGUUGUGCAGGCAGGAGGAGGCAUUGGCAUCACGCUUUUUUCUGUCUUUUACAAGGAGGCUAUAGGGAAUAUUGGUUGGCGCUUAGGCCUGCAAGCUGUAACAGGGGUUGUUUUUAUCUCCUUCUUCUUGGGCGUGUGCUACCGCUCCGCGUCUCUUUAUCAUCCACAACGAAGAGCGAUUUUGCAUUUGAAAAACCAGAAGAAGAAGGUGAAGGAAAAGAAAGGCCACAUAACCAUAGAAAAGCCUCCGUUCUUCGAUUUUUCUCCCCUAAAAGUCAGAACCGUGCAGAUUCUGCUGAUUUCCUCCGCCACCGCCGCGGUUGGGCUUUACACCCCGAUUUUCUACCUGGUGAUGCAUGGAUACAACGAGGGCCUCGAGGACAGCGCUCUCGUUCUCCUGCAAACCUUCCUGGGCUUCGCCACGGCGCUCGGAUGCGUCGGUUUUGGCCUGGUGGUGGUGCGGCCGAGCGACCAGUGCCUCAUCUCCAGGCAGUAUUUGUGCCAGGCCUCGAUGGUCGGCAUAGGAGUUUCGCUGCUCGCCCUCAGCACGGUGCAGGGAUACCACGGCUACGUGCUGUUUGUGUGGAUCUACGGCAUAUUCCUCGGUGGCUUCAUCUACUCCCUCAAGAUGUAUGUGCUUGAGAGGGUGCGUGCCAAACAUUUCACCCGCACUUGGGGAUUUGUGCAGGGUGCCAAGGCGAUACCUGCUCUUCUUGGAAUUCCGAUCACUGGCUACAUCAACGAGAGCCACCCGAAGGCAGGUUACUACUUCUCGUCCUUCUUCACCCUUCUGGGGGCAGCACUGCUCUUCCUUAUGAACUGGUACAAGCGGACAGUGGUGCAGCACCCGGACCCCAGCAACUGCCUGUCCUUCUCGGAGGCGCCGCCUUGCUCGUGCAGCACGCCAACGCCCGGGCCGGGCACGCCAGCGACCAUGAGGUCUCACAAUCAGGGCAAGAUUGCCAAGAGCAUCUCGUUCGCCACGACGCUGGACCUGGCGGACACGCCGCCUCCGCCGCCGCCGCCCCCAGCCGCGGCCAACGACCUGCUCGGCUGCAUUUCGGAGGAGGCCCUGGUGAACCACACCAACUCGGCGGACAACUUCAUCAUCGACUAUGACUUCUACCAGGGCCACAACCACCACGACCUCAACUCAGGUGGCUUCCCGGGCAAACGGCCCCUGAGACCGAACAUGACGAUGAGUCUGAGCGAGCCGGAGAGCCUGGCCCGCAAGGAGGUGCUGGUGAACGGCCACGGUCCGCACAACCACCACCACCACCAUCACCACCACCACAACCACCACCACGCCCACCAGCACCAGACGCCGCAGCCGAGCAGGCACAACGGCGACGUGAAGCGGCGGGGGGACGAGGCCGACCCCCUGCCGCACAUCCUGCCCAGCCCGGCCUUCUGCAGGCAACAGAGCUGGGCUGGCCGACCCGUCAAGAACAUCACGGUGAUAGAGCAGCUGACGACGUCCGUGUGACCCAGGCCCUCUCCCAGUGUGGAGGAGAGGCACCCUAGGACGUUCAUCGAAGAACCGAUUUACAUUAGAUGCUAGUUCUUUCUUGUGCGCAACACGCAUUAUCCCUCUCGUGACAAUAAAAUCGCAGUUGUUGUUGUUGCGUAGUGCCGGUUGUAGCUAUUAGGGCCUUUCUCGUGACGCAUGCGGUACCUAACUAGAUCCAGUUAGGAUUCUUGGUUGCGAAUGCGUGGAGAGUUUGUGUUUACCCGUUCAAAUACUCAACGAUCUUUUCGUCUUACUUUUAUUAUCCGUUUUCUAGUCAGCUUUAGUUUUGGAGAUUUUAAUUUAUUUUGUUGUUCUAACAAGACUGCACCAAUCAGAUGUAAAAUAUAUUAUGAUUUUGUUUAAGUUUUCACGACAAUCCUGUGCAUUUGCGUUCUAAAUAGCGGGAAAAUCGAUUUGCACUACUGUACCUUGACAUUCACUUUAGGAGCAGCGCGAACAAGAAAUGUGAGCAUUGUUCAGACUCGUUCAUAGGCUAUUCAUUUAUUUACAAUCUCUAUAUAACUGGCAUAGAACGAUUAGGCAAAGGACUCGCUCUUUGUAAGUCACUUUAUUAAUGUGAAAAACAGGGAAAAUAUACGCUGCAAUCACAUUUUAGUAGUGUUUACUCUAGAAGUAAUGUUAUUAUGCAAUAUAUUACGUCAGAAGAAAGAAUCAAAAUGUUUUUAAAAAUGCUUCUUGGUGUUACAAUAAUUGUUCAUUUCGUGUAAAAAAUUCAAACUCUACAAACUCUAAAAAACAAUUAUUUAUGCAUGGAAAUUGUAAAUUUUUAAAGCAAUAUAUUCAAAUUUUAAUUUCAAUGCACAUCAUUGGCUGCGCACACUUGUUCAAAUAUUACAACGCGACAAAUUUAUUUUCAUAAUUAGGUAUUCAAACCUAAGAGUUUUCUUAAAGUAUUUAAAAAUAUUGAUUGAUAUUUAAACGGAUUGUAUGAUCAAGAAGGGGAAAAUGAAACUUUUCAGAGGCACAAAUGAAUGGUAUUGUGGGUGAUUCGUGCGUUUUGUAAAGCUAUAAAACCAAUGUAAUUUUAGCUAAGCACCAACAUCUGUGAUAUGUAGGGAGGACAGAAGGACAGACAAAACAUUGCUGAUGCAGACAAGCGAUCAAUUCAAACAUGUGAUCAAAACGGAUGCACGGUUGACUAGUAGGAAUCUCGCAAAGCCUAAGUGACAGAAUUCUAAACGGUUUUAAUUGCUAAUUUUAACCAAACUCACGAAGAAUUGUAAAUAAAAAUAAACUCAUUGUUGAUGUUCCAAGUUAGUCGCAUGCAGAGAGGCGCCUAUCCGCUCGCGUAUUAAAGUUGACAGGCAUUUAGAGCUCAAAACAUGAUAAAAUUAAUUAUUAUUAUUAUAUUAAUGAGAAUGUACUAAAUAUUGCUCGCAUAGACGAGCACUUUAACGCACGACGCGAAAUAUCUACUAAUAAUAAAUUAUGCAGAAACACCAUUGUCGUUGUAAAUAUUUUCCUCUACGACCCAACUAUAUUUAUUGUUGUAAUUGAAAUCUAAUGUUGGAAAUUGAAAAUAAAAUAAUUAACAA